AAUAAUGAAAAUGAAAACAUGCCCAUGAUUCCAUGAAGAUAAAAACCAGGCCCCUAUCACUCCAUCACCCCCAACUCCUCAUAUCACUCCACCAAACCAUCAUCAUUUCAUUUCUGCUCUUUAUCAUCUCCAACUCUUAGUCCCACUUUCCAGCCCCUCUCUCUCUCUCUGAAUCUCUUGCACAGUCUCUCUCUCUCUCUAAAACUCUAACAAAAUGUUAGAAGAAAAUGUAUCCUCCACUACCAUGCCCUCAUCCAUCUGGGAAUCCAUGAAUAGCUGGUUCACUCCCACAGUUCUCUUCGUCCUCCUCAAUCUCAUGAUUGGCACCAUUGCCUUCACUUCCACGUUGACCAACCAAAAACAAAAGAAUCAAGAAAACCGACAACCUCAAAACCAACAGCCACCCAUGCUUGCUAGAUCCCCUUCUGUUCUUCAGCGCCUCAGAUCCAUCAAUUUCUAUGCCUUCAGACCCCAAGAAACCUCCCACUUCAAAUCCCCCCCAGAUUCACACAAUCUUCACCAUACCCAUCAACCCCAAAUCCUCGAAUCACAAACCCAUUACAUUUUCGGCCACACCCAUCAAGAAAGCCCCAAUCUUGAAACCCAUCACCCCACCCACCACAUUUUCCGGCAAGAAAAUCACGAACAAACUCAGACCCACCACCAGUCUCAGCAAGAAAAUCAGACCCACCACAUUUUCCGGCAAGAAAAUCACCAACAAACUCAGACCCACCACUUUUUCCGGCAAGAAAAUCAGACCCACCACCAAUUUCAGCAAGAAAAUCAGUCCCAAUUUCUCCCCAAUCAAAAUAAACCUGAAGAAACCCAUGCCCAUUUUGAUGCUCAGGAAGAGGAGGAGGAGACAGAUGAGCUUCAAAGCAUGGACGAAAUCUACAGCCGCUUAAAGGGGAAGCAAGUGAACCGAUGCAAAUCCGACACCAAGCCAUCUUCCGGCGAGAUGCCGGCGAGGCUCCCGGCCAAGAUGAAGAAGUCGGCGAGCAUGAAAUCGGCGUUUAACCACUUCGGAGAGAAAGCGGAAGACGUGGAGCCUCGCCGGCCGGCGACAACAAGGGAAAGAGCGGCGCCGGUGGAUCAUGAAGUGGACGCCAAAGCCGACGAUUUCAUCAACCGCUUCAAGCAGCAGUUGAAGCUUCAGAGAUUGGAUUCCAUUCUUAGGUACAAAGAAAUGAUUGGCAGAGGGGCCGGAAGGUAAAUUUAAUAUUCUACAGGGACUGUUUUAUAAUAUCUAAUUCCUUUGGGGGCUCUUUCGUAAACCGUGGAAAGAUCGAUCCUUUUGACUUGUCGGUAGAACGGGUGUCACAACUCUCUAAUUCUCCAGCUUUGCUCCCGGUGAUUUCGCAAUCAUGUAGACAUUAAUGGGCAUUCUAGUCAUUUCUCAACUGCUAAGGAUUUAUUGGUUUUGUAUUUUUUUUUGCUCAAAGUUUUGGGGAGUCUUUUGCGAAGAUAUUUUCAAUAGGGGGUUCAUUGUAUAAUUUUGCUAAUCUGAAUCUGGUCAUUUUGCUUGCUUUGACUCAAAGCUUGUCUUUCUUUUUCUUA